GGCAGGGUCCUGGGGCCGCCUGGUCCUGACUCCAAAACUGAAGGGGGGCCGAAGGGAGGCAGAAGAGCUGUCAGGGUCGUGGGUCCACCUCCACACAGAGCCCAGGAGGAGGCCGCUGAGAGCGGAGGAAGUGGGCUUAUUGCACACUGUGCGUUUCGACAUUGGGACUCAACCCUCAAGAAGGAAAACCAAGUGUGGGUGUGCAUGGUACCAGGACUGAAGAGGUGAAAAGAGGGGAUCGGAGGGCCAAACGGCAGCCACCCUGUCUUUUGCUUGCCCGGCUGGCCCUUCUCCUGGGCCGGCCCCCUACCAACUUCAGGGCCUGUGGCCGGGACAGGUUCUCUUGCUGUGUUUAUUCAAGAUGAUGGAUUUGGACGUGCUUCUAUGAAGAAAUGCCACGUGUCUCAACUGGUCCAAGAACAAACAUGUCCAGACUACUGCCACCUUAGGGGACUAAGGCUUGGUGACAGCACUUCCCGGGGAAUCAGGCGUGGUCUGGCCCAGGAACAGGAAGCACAUCAUCACCAAUGACAUCAUGACAGCAAGAGAGCACAGCCCUCGCCAUGGCGCCAGGGCCCGUGCGAUGCAGCGGGCUUCCACCAUUGAUGUGGCAGCCGACAUGCUGGGCCUCUCUCUGGCCGGAAAUAUACAAGAUCCAGAUGAGCCCAUUUUAGAAUUCAGCUUAGCUUGCAGUGAGUUGCAUACUCCAUCACUAGAUCGAAAACCAAAUAGUUUUGUAGCAGUGAGCGUCACCACCCCUCCUCAGGCAUUCUGGACAAAACACGCGCAGACGGAGAUCAUCGAGGGAACCAACAAUCCUAUAUUUCUAAGCAGUAUUGCCUUCUUUCAAGACUCUCUUAUCAAUCAGAUGACCCAAAUCAAACUCUCCGUGUAUGAUGUCAAAGAUCGAUCUCAGGGAACAAUGUAUUUACUGGGUUCUGGAACAUUCAUUGUCAAAGAUCUGCUCCAGGACAGGCAUCAUAGGUUGCAUUUAACACUAAGAUCUGCGGAGAGUGACCGCGUGGGUAACAUCACCGUGAUCGGCUGGCAGAUGGAGGAGAAGUCAGACCAGCGGCCCCCUGUGACCCGGUCUCUGGACACCGUCAAUGGGAGGAUGGUUCUCCCUGUUGAUGAGAGCUUGACAGAGGCGCUGGGAAUCCGAUCCAAGUAUGCUUCGUUGCGAAAAGACACUUUACUGAAAUCGGUGUUCGGCGGCGCCAUCUGCCGCAUGUACCGGUUCCCCACCACGGACGGCAACCACCUGCGGAUCCUGGAGCAGAUGGCGGAGAGCCUGCUCUCCUUGCACGUGCCCCGGCAGUUUGUGAAGCUCCUGCUGGAGGAAGACGCAGCCAGAGUGUGUGAGCUGGAGGAGUUGGGGGAUCUGUCCCCUUGCUGGGAGAGCCUCCGGCGCCAGAUUGUCACUCAGUACCAGACCAUCAUCCUCACGUACCAGGAGAACCUGACUGACCUCCAUCAGUACAAAGGCACGUAG